AUGGGAAUGACCUGGCCGCAGGCGGCGCCCAGCAGACAGUGGCUACGCCGGCCUGAGCUUGCAUCCGGAGGGCUGGCCGAGGAUCUGCGACAACACUCAGCCAGCUUUGAGAACAGCCGCGAGCGCAAGGGCAACCGGUGGAAAAAUGCGCUGCAGGUGCUGCAAGGCGCAGAGCCCUGGUGGCUGACGCAUCGCUAUCCAGCACCAUGGAUGCUGCAGGAUAAGCUGGGGCUCUCACGCAGGGAGGUGGACUGCCUCAUGGCGGCAGCAGUCUGGAUGCAUGUUAAAGAUAGCCAGGACUCCGAAAGGUCUUGCAUGUCCUUCCCCAAGAUAGGACGCGCCCUAACCUAG